GUUUAGGUGAAGACUUGCGACGUCCUUUGCAUUAUUCGCCAGUUGCCUUGUUUGCGUUGCCACCAACCUCCGCUGCCACUUUUAAUUUAAGCUCUCUGUUUUUACUUCACUUCGAGUAUAUUGUAGGGGGGCUGAGACACGCGAGUGGUCGCCUCAGGUUACCGUUGCACGCAGCGCCCAGUCUCUUUCGCCCCUGCUGCUACCAUGUCGGCGGAGGAUGCCGCUGCCAAAUUGGAGAAGUUUCAAAAGAAACUUGCCAAGGUAGCUAAGCAGCUGCAAGCCGGCAGCAUGAGCGCCGAGGAGGCGCGCGACGAGGAGGCGCGCCUCAACAAGAAGAUUAAGAAGUUCGAAAAGCUGGUGGCGGAAGCCGCCGAGGCUGCGGAGGCUGCAGCCGCAGCGGAGCAGGCAGGCGACGGCAAGAAGCAAAAGAAGCAAAAGGGCGACAAGAAGCGCGACCUUGAGGCUGCAGCUGCUGCCGAGGAGGAUGGCGCCGGUGCCGACGCUGCCAACGGCAAAGCCGCUAAGAAGCAAAAGAAAGCCGCGGCUGCUGAAGCCGAUGGCGCCGCCAACGGCCACCGCAACCACCACCACCACAGCAAGCACCACCGCAAGCACGCGGAGGUGGGCGAUGCCUCGCUUGCAUCAGCCGGCAAGCCCAUCAUCAAGGCGCUGUACAAGGAGCACCCCGAGGUGACAGCGCUGAGCGCGGCCAAGGUGGCGGAGGUCCGGGCGGAGCGCGAGACCACCGUGGAGGGCUUUGGUCCCGAUGACGAUUUCGUUGCAGGCGGCCCCACCGACAUCAAGCCGCUCCUCAAGUUCGAGCACACUGGGCUGCCCGCUGCCAUGCUGCACGCCACCCGCACCUUCGUGGCGCCCAGCCCCAUCCAGUCGCAGUGCUGGCCCAUCAUCCUGGAGGGACGGGACCUCAUCGGCAUUGCGGCAACGGGCAGCGGCAAGACGCUGGGUUUCGGUCUGCCCAUGCUGCGACACAUCGCUGCGCAGCGGGAGGGCGGGGUGGUGGCGGGCAAGGGCCCCUUUGCGCUCGUGAUGGCGCCCACUCGCGAGCUGGCGCUGCAGAUCAACGAGGUGCUCGAGGAGGCGGGCAGCAAGUGCGGGGUGCACACGGUGUGUGUGUACGGCGGAGUGCCCAAGCCGCCCCAGAUUUCCGCCAUCCGGGGAGGUGUGGAGGUGGUUGUGGGCACCCCGGGGCGCAUGGAGGACCUCCUCAACGACGGGGUGCUCAAGCUAAGCCAGGUGACGUACGCGGUGCUUGACGAGGCGGACCGCAUGUUGGACCUGGGCUUCGAGCCGCACAUCCGCGCCAUCAUGAAGCUCACGCGCGCGGACCGGCAGACGCUCAUGUUCAGCGCCACGUGGCCCACCGCGGUGCAGAAGCUGGCGGUGGCCUUCCUGUCGCACCCGGUCAAGGUCACCAUCGGCAGUCAGGACCUGGCCGCCAGCCACUCCAUCACGCAGCGGGUGGAGGUGAUUGAGCCGCCCGCCCGCGACGCGCGUCUGCUGGAGCUGCUGCAGCAGUACCACGGGGCCAAGGGGCGCAAGAACCGGGUUAUCAUCUUUGUGCUGUACAAGAAGGAGGCGCCGCGGGUGGAGCAGCUGCUCACACGCAAGGGCUGGAAGGCGGUUGCCAUCCACGGUGACAUCAGCCAGGGUCAGCGUACGGCGGCGGUGGAGCAGUUCAAGGCGGGCACCGUGCCGCUGCUCAUUGCAACGGAUGUGGCGGCUCGCGGUCUGGACAUCCCGGACGUGGAGGUGGUCAUCAACUACUCCUUCCCGCUCACCACGGAGGACUACGUGCACCGCAUCGGGCGUACCGGCCGCGCGGGCAAGACAGGCAUCGCGCACACCUUCUUCUGCGCGGGUCCUGACAAGCCGCGGGCGGGAGAGCUGAUCAACGUGUUGCGCGAGGCUGGGCAGGAGGUGCCCGCGGACCUCCUCAAGUUCGGUACGGCAGUCAAGAAGAAGGAGUCCAAGAUGUACGGCGCGCAUUUCCGUGACGUGGACGUGCAUGCGAAAGCGACCAAGGUCACCUUUGACGAUGAUGAAUGAGCAAGGGUGCAGGAGCUGCUGUGGUCAGCGUUGCAAGCGUUGGAAUAGCGUGACUCUUGGAUGGGGGCGGUGGAGCCCUAGCAGCAUCACUUUGGGGUGGGCGAUGCGGGGUUGGGGAGCAAACAGCAUGUGGUAAGGGCAGCACAGCCCUUGGGAGGAAGAGGCCUUGGGGAGGGAAGUGGGUUAGUGCAGGAUGAUGGGCGUUGCUUGUGGAGUGUGGAGGGGAUGACGUAUUGAGUGGGAAGGGGUGUCAGUACGCAGGGCUCUGGCGGGUAGUGAGGGCAGGCUUCAUAGACUGCAAGUUGCGAGCGAGGUUACACUGGUGUUUCGUGAACCUAAAUCUUCACGUUGUGCAUGUCAUCAAGGAGCCACAACGGCUAUACCCUUGGUUACCACUUACCAGUUUGCCAGCUAAAGUCAGCAUGCACUGAUCCUUGAUGGUUUACUGGUGAGCAUGACUAACAGAGCUGCUAAGGGGUAUUCCCAAGGGGUUCCCCAACUUGGAAUUCCAGAUAUAGGUGUUUUGGGGCUCCCUUCUUACGUUUCCUGGUGUGUAGAGGAAAGGGGUUACAGCUGCUGUCCCUAAUCGCUAAUAUGUAUUACGGGGCCCCAACCGAGGGGCCCUAACAAACGGGCAAAGGAUGCGCCGCAAGAGGGAACUUGCCCACUGAACAGGUGGAGCCGCUUUUGUAACUCGGUUUGUGCGCACGGCACUUGCAUUUAUGGUAUUUAGGGUAUUUAUGCCAACAGAAAACACGCGAAAAACACUAUCUAAUACCGGUAGCCAUUGCUCUUCGUCUAAGAAGCCCCUGCGCCCCAUGCACGGACUUCAUAGCUCAUGUCAGGCUCCAUUG